UGUGGAAAAUCAAUCAUUAAAAUGGAAAAUACUUUCAAUUUAUUUUGAAAGCUUUAAAUCGGAAACGCGGCUGAUCACCCCGUUUUUUGAUCAUGAAGCGCACGCGCGUGUAUGUGCGUGUGCGUGAGAGAGAGAGCGUGGAGAAUAGGACGAGCCGAGAAAAAGGACAGCCCUGUGUAAGCACCGAGAAGGAUAAAACAAAAUCUGCGCGCGCACAUCUCUAACGAUUGUUCCGCAUGAAUGUAAUCUGCGUGUCUUUUUUUACGUGGUCAGAUUGACCUGCUUCGCGUCUGACGAGACUCUGCGACCGCACGUGCACUCUCCUGCUGAUAGUUGUCAGAGAAGUGCACGCGCUGCGCAGGUAACUCGUCUUCCUUUGUGUUCCCAUGGCGGAGUUCACGCAACGGAAACAAGUCUGCUGAAAGCGCGAACGUGGCCAUGCACCCACGGGCACGCGCCCACGGCGGCUCUGUGAUGGAUUUAUGGGUUUAUUUACGUUUCUCUCCGGAUGGAAUUUAAACCUGGAAGAUUUCCGUUAAAGCUGGAUUUAACGCCACAGAAGAAGAAACAGGUGGAUGCCGGCACCACUCAUACGAUGAACCCAAUAGCUGCUCUCAGUAUUGAUCGUAACUCUUUGGUAGAGGAAAGCCUUCGACUGCCGGAGGGGAUUUUCUACCCUGGCAUUCACCCUCUUUCUGCACAAAAGUCCCAGGUGCCUGGCACCUCUCUUCGCCUUGGUUAUGAUCUCUUGUACAAGUCUGAUGUGCCCCUUUUGGAAGGCCAGAAAACUGUAAACGGCAAUGCUGAAUUCCAUAAAAUCCUACCUCCAAGUCUGCAGAAACCUCAGCUUGUUCUUGAUGGAGAAGAUGAUAAUCUGGGAUUGAACCGUCGAGCUGUACCCGUAGACAAGCAGCCAGAACUAGGCUUGGAUGGGCCUAGUAAGUUUCUAAAACUACCCUGGAUCAGCCCCUAUGGAGAUACUUCUGUGUACCCUGUUCCGGACAUGGCGUACAAGGCUUCGUUCUUAUCCCAGCAGUCAUCCCUCAUUCAGCACCAGUCGGGGUACCAAUCCUUGUGUGCCACAGGAAGUUCUGCUCCUGGAGAUGAAAUAAUGUUUCACAUCCCUCCUUAUGCUCAUAUUGCCUCCUCCUUUCGCCCUCAAAUCAGGAUGUCUACAGACAAUACAGCCCCUGCUGUGCAUACACCCCUGUCCCACAGCCAAGACAAGGCCUUGCAAGGCCUUACACCACAGUUACAUCAAGAACAUUCAGCCUUUAGCAUCAAUACUCACAUCCAACAAGAGCCUCCAGUUCAAAUUUUAAACUAUACUGAGCAACAUGUUGAAAGUAGCAGCAGUGGAGGAAAUACAAGUCAGUCCAGUUCAACUAAGACUUUCAGCAGGGGUGCUCAUGCUACCUCAACUUCAGUUUCUCAAUGCCCAGUUCUUCCACCACAGUCCUUCAGCAAUACCACUGCAGACCUUCAGAGGCCUCUUUACAAGAGUGCCACUUCAUCAUCACCUUCAAUAUCUCAUUCUUUCUAUUUGAACUCAAAGAACACCUCUUCCACCCGCUCAGGGAACGACAAAACCAAAGAUGCCAGCUCAGAUGUUCACAAGGCAGAUGCAGCUGUACUAUUGAACAGAGCUGAUACCCAGAAGGUUCCUAACAACCCUGGAGAAAAAAAUUACUCUCCCAUAGAGUUUGAAGAAAUUACAAGUGGGUUUCCAUCCAAAGUAAACUUUCUACCACCAUCUGAUUACAGACUGUUAUCCAGGCAAGACCAGCACCAAAAAGAGGUAUGGUCCACACCCGUUAGCUCAUCAGCAAAGACCCCAGGUAAUCAAACACCCUCCACUGGUCCCUCCUCAGUUGUUACUCCUCAAAUUUGUUCCCAAAUCACAACCAGUAAUAGAGUAGAUAUUUUUCAGCAUCAUCAGAAUCUUACGGAUUCACCUGAGUCCACAGCAGCUCAGUUUACCAAUAACCCUGAACCAAUCUCAGUCUCUGCAAAUCUACCAAAACCUGACUUAGAUUAUGCUAACCGCUACAUCUCAUACUCAGGAGCAGAGAACACGUAUGUGCAGCAAAUCUCUGCACUAAAUACGGGUCCUGUUUUCCCCCUUCCACUGUUGCUUGGCAGCAGCAGCUUUUACCUAUCACACAUUUCACCAAAGCAUGGCCUCCCAUAUGUAGGAAAACCAUACCAUGGUUCUAAGGAAAUGUCACUUUACUCAGGUCUUACUAACAUAAACCAACUUGAGGGCAGGCCUAAGGUCCAGGAACUAAUCAGAAAAGCGGACGCCUUCAGUAGACAGGAAAAGCCGGAGGAUAACUUCUCCCUUAAGUCUGACAAUGAGAGAAGUAAACCCUUAAAACAGAUCACAGUGGCUUCCAACCAAAGCCUUUCUGUUGUUAGAGAUGAAAUCAUUUGCAUUGACCUGGUUGGUGAUGAGGAAGAAGAUGAGGCCUUCAACAAAUCUAGCUCCGCCCCAGACAUUUCCUACAAACAAGUCAGCAGUGAAGGUAACCACAAUUCGAACAAGGGGCCUCUAAAACCCCUCCACUCCAACCAGGGUGUAGAUAAGUCAUUAAAAUUGUGGCAGCAAACUCCAUAUUUCAACUCAUCACCUCCUCCUGCUGCUAGCCAGGAUGUAUCGGAGGAAGAAAACCCUCUAAGUCCAUUCCCAGACUUUCCAGGGGAUGGGAAAAUUGAAUGUUCUCGAACAUCUCCUUGGCAGUUUACCAGAAACCAUAAAACUGGAACCUUUAUUGGCGGUGGGGCCUUGACAGUUGGAGAUAGUUGUGAAAAUGGUUCUACAAAUGACAGGAACCCUGAAGCUUCAGGGAAAGAGAUUACAAAACCUCAACAUAACUCUCCCAAAAACAGGAACUCAUAUGUUCCCAGUUACAGUGGCAGUAGUUCUAGAGACUUCAUCAACGAUAUCGGAGUAGAGUGUUUGGUCAUGAGUUCAAAAAGUACAACUUUUGGGGACAGUCAUCUAUUAGAAAGUCCAGGAUGUUGUAAUAAGAUAGUAGCUUGUCAAGAUGGGAGUCCUCAGGUCUCAACAAGCAAGAACAUUAUUCCUGAAGUCCCUUUUGAAGGAAUGAGUAUGUCCAUAUCUCCACAACCUGCCAGCAACAGUUCCAAAGGUAUUACCAGUCUCAGUCCAGAUGUUGUUGGACCAUGUUGUGGGAAUCUCAGUUUGAGGAUACCAUCUUGUGAACCAAAAAUGCUGAGUGGUUCAAGUCAUGGAAAUGGAAACCAAGUGGGUACAGGCUCCACUCCAAACCAAUCUAAUAAUGGUGGGGACGGCAGUGCUGCAUGGACAAAAGCAGACCUCAGAAGUCCUCUUUGUGGGAGAAUCAACUUAAGUAGUCCCAGCUGUGAAGGUACCCUCUCAAAGUUCACCAACUCAUGUACAGGGAACAGUCUCUUUCACCUUUUGACCACCAACGGAGGAGUUAACAAGGUUCAUGCAAGUUCAACCCAAGAGGUAAACAAAAGUGUUCAUUCUAAGGACCCCGUCAUCACAGAGACCAGAUGUGGAAAUGAACAGAAGGACUCCAAAAUCCAGGAUGGUCAUGAAGAUCAUGGUUGCAGUAAGAACCAGGAGUCCGAUUUGAAUAAGUGUCUCACCAACUCAUCUUUGAGUGACAUCAGAAUGACCACGGAGCUUCGCGUUGAGCAGAGAGCCCUACAGCAAGCAAUGGUUCAUCUCUCUGAGCUGGAGCUAAGAGGGGAGAAGAGGGGAGGAGGAGAUAAGGGAGAGGAGGAGCAAGAGCUGGCAGACAGCCAGCAGGGAGACAGACGAAGGGAUGAAGAGGAGGAGGAGGAGGCAAGGAGGAGAAAAGAGGAGGGAGGGGAAGGAGGGACUCCCUCUGAACCUGCUGCAGAGACUCAGAGAGCAGGGUUACAGCUAUCCUCCCCACAAAGACAACCUCCAGCCAGUCACCUUCCAAAUAACCUUCCGGUCCUCAAAGAGGAAAACCAGAACUCAGAGAAAAAUGGAGAAGAAGAGGAGGAAGAAGGAGGAGGAAGUCCUCAGGAGGAGAAGAAAAACAUGAACACGAGUUUUGUCUUACAAUCAAAUCAACCAAAAUUUAUUCCAACAUCUAAAGGUCGGUUUCAGGGAAACUCCUCCAGUCUGCUGCCAAAUUCAAGCACUGGGAUGAACCGGCGUCGAAUCUUCAGCCUGGAGCCGUUUCACCAGAGCAGCAUCAUCAGCAGUCGACAGAAGAGAGGAAGGGACGAGGACAGAGAAGACGAGAGAGAGGACCAAGAUGGGACAGAAAAGCUCAACAAAAAAAUCAAACUCACUAAUGACUCGACUCUGGAGGACGUAAAAAAUCUGAAGGUAUGCAUCGAGUUAAAUGGCCUCAGACUCAACAAGCCCCGCCUCCCUAGAGAUCUCAGCAAAUGGCUGUCCUCCUGUGAGAAGUCAGCAGAGGUGGACAAGAAGUUCAGAAUGGACGCUCCUCUUUUUAAGGGAAGGUCGGAGGUCAACGGAAGCUGGUGUGACUCCAGGUUCCUGAGGAGAGAUGGGCCGAGAGAUUUCAAAAUGGCUCCACCCUCUACUUUCAGACAUCUACCUCAGCAUCCAAACAACUCUGCUCCCCAGAUAUCAGACCCCACCUCUUUCUCCUCUCUCACCUCCUCGCCCCUCCAGGUGAAUAACCAAAAGCUAAAGGACAGUCACAAGGACUCGCCUUUCUCUCCCUGUUGCUAUGACGACAACCUUGAUAAGCUGAAGGGCAAACGUCCCUUCAAGGCAAAGCACACGGGAGGAGACGCAUCAAGGGAGGAAGAUGGAGAUAACGAUGAGAUGAGUGAAAAGGUGUCCUUGUCUGGCCCCUCUGGAUUGCCUCAGACACUCUCAGCUCGCCCCGCUCCCCCAGAGGUUCGUCAGCUCAUUGUGAAUAAAAAUGCUGGUGAGACGCUGCUGCAGCGCGCCACCCGUCUGGGAUAUGAGGAGGUGGUCCUUCACUGUCUGGAGCAGCGACUCUGUAAUGUCAACCACAGAGACAACGCUGGUUACUGUGCUCUGCAUGAGGCCUGCGCUCGCGGCUGGCUGGGAAUAAUACGCCACCUGAUCUCUCACGGCGCCAAUGUGAACUUCAGUGCUCAGGAUGGAACCAGGCCGCUCCAUGAUGCUGUGGAGAAUGACCACUUGGAAGUGGUGCGCUUCUUGCUGGCCUGUGGCGCCGACCCAACUCUGACCACCUACUCUGGACAUGGACCUCUGGAGAUGACCCACAGCGCUGCCAUGGAAACCUUCCUGGAAGACUAUCUGUCUGACAUCCAGGGAAGGUCAGAGGGUGAUCCGGGAAUCUGCUGGGAGUUCUACGGCAGCUCGGUGUGCGAGCCGCCUAGUGAAGGUGAAGUGUACAACAUCCUGGCCGACCCUCCAGGACCAGAGGAGGACGAGGAGGAUGAGGACGACUGCAUGGAUGAGGAGCACAGAGCAAGACGGGAGGUCUUUGAGUUUGAGCUUUCUGAUCGACCACUGCUGCCGUGCUACAACAUCCAAGUGUCGCUGUCCCAGGGGCCCAGGAACUGGCUCCUCCUUGCCGACGUCCUCGGCCGUCUUCGGAUGACUUCUCGUUCCUUCUGCCGUCUCUUCCCGCAGCUCAACAUCCAGUCCAUCCCUGAAGAUGAGUUCUACCGGCAGGCGUCACUGUCUCUGCUCCUCACGGGUCCUGACGAGCAGGAGCUGGCCUCCUUCAGACCAGAUGUUAAGGACCUGCUGGAGCUGGUGGAGGCCACACCCGAGCUGGCUGGCAUGCUGGGCUCCUCUCUUGAGUUCGUGGACAGUCGAUGGCACUCACAGGAAGCGUCUCCACCGCCAUCACCCACACCACCAUCAGGACCACAACGGCAUCAGCCAGGACCUGGUGCCAGAGUCAGACCUGCAGAGUCCAGCUCAGGAUGUAAACAUCCCACUGCUAAAUGUAACUCCAACAUCUGGGAAGAUGGUAGCACUGUUGGGAUUCCUACUUUGGGAAAGCAAGCCAGCAUCUGGAAACCACAGAGACAGCAGAACCAGAACCCUGGGAUCAAUGGGUCUGCCAGCCCAGAUGCUAGAGGACUUUAG